CCCAGGCAACGUCUCAGACUCACCGGGUCGAGCUGAUAACUUUAGUUUAUUUAAAACAGACCAGAUAAGAGAAAGGAGGAGAAAUAAACUUAUUUAAGUAACUAGGGAGCUGUCAGAAGAAGUUGAAGAGAGGCAUCUGAAGGCAUUUACUCGGUCUCUCUUUUAAGCUACACCAUACUUGGCGAAGCGGUAUUUAUUUAUUUAUUGUUUUUAUCCUUAAUUUUAUUUAAAAGUUGAAUUCUGACGAAAACCGAAGGAAAAAGUCGAAGUUUCAACUGACUCAACGUACGGCGAGACGUCAUCGAACAUUUGACGAGACGUGAUGGAGGGCGAAAAGCAACUGACUUUUCCACUGAUGCUGGCUGUCGGGACGGCUGUGAUUGGCUCCCUUCAGUUCGGCUACAACACGGGUGUCAUCAAUGCCCCGCAGAAGAUCAUUGAGGCCUUCUACAAUGAGACAUGGAAUGAUCGAUAUAAGGAUAACAUCCAAAAAACAACCAUGACUACCCUGUGGUCUCUGUCUGUGGCCAUCUUCUCUGUGGGUGGCAUUAUUGGAUCCUUCUCUGUCGGGCUGUUUGUCAACCGCUUUGGAAGGAGGAACUCCAUGCUCAUGGCCAAUGUCCUGGCUUUCAUCGCCGCAGCACUGAUGGGCUUCUCUAAGAUGGGGGCGUCCUGGGAGAUGCUCAUUACUGGGCGGUUCGUGGUGGGCCUUUACUCUGGUCUGUCCACUGGCUUUGUGCCCAUGUACGUGGGUGAAGUGGCCCCCACAGCCCUCAGAGGAGCCCUGGGCACCCUUCAUCAGCUGGGCAUCGUUAUUGGCAUCCUCAUGGCUCAGAUCUUUGGUAUGGACGCAAUCAUGGGUAAUGCCACCAUGUGGCCGUUCCUCCUUGGUUUCACCUUUAUCCCAGCCCUGCUGCAGUGCUGUUUACUGCCCUUCUGCCCCGAGAGCCCUCGAUUUCUCCUCAUCAUCCGCAACGAGGAAAACAAAGCCAAAGCAGUGCUUAAAAAGCUGCGCGGAAUGACAGAUGUGAGCGCAGACAUGCAGGAGAUGAAGGAGGAGAGCAGACAGAUGAUGAGAGAGAAGAAAGUGACCAUUCCUGAACUGUUCCGCUCUCCGCUCUACCGACAGCCCAUCGCUAUAGCCAUCAUGCUGCAGCUGUCCCAGCAGCUGUCUGGAAUCAAUGCUGUAUUCUACUACUCUACAAAGAUCUUUGAGAAGGCAGGUGUGCAGCAGCCGGUUUACGCCACUAUUGGAGCAGGAGUCGUCAACACAGCUUUCACUGUUGUGUCGCUGUUUGUGGUUGAGCGAGUGGGCCGCAGGUCUUUGCACCUCUUGGGACUGCUGGGAAUGGCUGGAUCUGCUGUACUGAUGACCAUCGCUCUUGCCUUGCUGGAAAAGUAUGACUGGAUGUCCUACAUGAGCAUCGUAGCAAUCUUUGCAUUCGUGGCCUUCUUUGAGAUCGGACCAGGCCCCAUCCCAUGGUUCAUUGUGGCUGAACUGUUCAGUCAAGGCCCAAGACCCUCUGCUUUUGCUGUUGCAGGAUUCUCCAACUGGACAGCGAACUUUAUCGUGGGCAUGUGCUUCCAGUAUGUCGAGGAGCUCUGUGGGCCGUACGUGUUCAUCAUCUUCACUAUAUUUUUACUGUGCUUCUUCGUCUUCACCUACUUCAAAGUCCCAGAGACCAAGGGCCGGACGUUCGACGAAAUCUCCGCCGGUUUCCGCCAGACAGCAUCAGGUGCUGAGAAGCACUCGCCCGAGGAGCUCAACAGCCUGGGGGCGGACUCUCAACUUUAAACCCCUCCUCUAACCCCGCCUCCCUCACCUGGUCACUCUUCUGCACGCAACUACUGAGGAGAAGGUGUCAGCGGGCUGUCAAUCAAACAUUUCCCCCUUCCCACGGCUGCACUCAUCUCUUAGUCCCCCCGUGCUCCCCAAUGGCUUCAGGAGACAAGGGAGUAAGAGUAGUUAUCAUAUUCCUUUUAUCAGAAAGAUUAUCGUUUUAAGACAUGUUUGAGGUGUCGUAUUUUGCGUUGGCAUCGCUUUGGCUAGUCUUGCUAGGUUUUAUGUUUUUUCUUAACUGUUCUGCUGUGCUAUGAGAGAGUAAAAAAUGGACGGUCUUCGGGUCACUCCUGACCGAGCUGCUACGCUGUUGACGUCACAAAGCCACAGGCCAAACAUAUGCAGACUGACAAUUCAAUACUGUAUUCCAGAUAACUGUAUCUCCAUCAUAAAAGGCUUGUGGCCUUGAUAAACCGAAGUCAGCUUGGCUUAAAAAAAAAAA